AUGAAGCUCAGUCUUUCGACCGCCUUGUCGUCUCUUCGACCGACUUUACGCUAUCUUUUCAUUCUCAUGAUUGCUCAACAUGUCGCGGCAGACGAUGACGACGAUUCGACAAAGAUUACUGCCAACUUUACGGAGCCCGCGACCGGUAUACUGAUGCAGAGAUUCUUUGGCGCAAAGUCGGGCUUUGGCUUUGCCAUCGCCGUCCCAGACACCCCGAGCACUGCCAACGCAACCUCGUUCAUCGGCCACAUGACCUUUCCACUCGCAAACGGUGCGGGUUGGGGUGGCUGGUCCUUGACGGGAGACAUGGAAGGGCCGCUCCUCAUGGCCGCCUGGCUUGGCCCCGAUGGUGGUAGUGUGGUAUCUUCGUUUCGACAGGCCGACAACGAGGACGAUAAUCCUCCCGAGGUCACCGGAGCUUUUACGGUGCUGCCGAUUGCCGAGGCCACGUCGGCCAACUCUUCAUUCUUGACAUAUACAUUCCUGUGCGAGGGGUGUCUAGCCUCUACCUUUGGUCUAGGACCAGACCAGACCGCAGCGACGGUCGAAAUGGGUUGGGCCCUUGGAAGCAAAGCUGUCGGGAAUCCCGAGUCAAGCGCUGCCGUCCUCAACUUUCACAAUGUAGGCUUUGGUGGCUUUCAGGCACAGCUUGGUCUGGCUCGAUUACCUCAAGCCGAUUUUGAUAGAGUCGCAGCCCUGGCUGGACCACCUGCCCAACCAGCUGCGGGAGCAGUCCAAUUUGCCGGCGACAAUGGAGGCGAAGGUGAUGAUAGCGAUGACAGUGAGGAUGAAGACGAUGACUAA